CUCUCUUGGCCAACUUGGCAAUCGAACCAUCAACAUGUCAGCUACUAUGAUGGGUAGUCGACGCCCUGUGGUGACCGUCAAAGCGAUUCGCAAUGCCUUGACGGUGUUUGCCAUCGUGUACGUGGUCAUUCGAGGUCUGGCAUCCUCCCCUUCAUCGUCCAACUCGUUCGUUCUGGGCGCCAUCAACCCGCCACUGCUGUCGCCACAAGAUCAGGCCUUUGUCGUGCAGUGCCGCACAUUUUACGAGCAAUCUGCUCUUCGCCGAAGCCACUGCGACGACCCCCCCGCGAGUUUGUGUCAAAACGUGUGCUCGUCCCUUUCAAGCAACCUCACGUACUAUUCCACGCAGUUGUGGCCGUCGUCGCUCCUUGCCGCGUGUGACGCCACCUGUGCGACGCACCAAAGCCAGCUUUGCAACGGGGGCAUCACGUACAUGGAACUCUGCGACGCCACCGCUCGUUCCCGUCUGCAAGCCGCCGUGGAGGACAACGUGCACGUGACAAUCCAAGACGACCGCAGCGGCCCAUCGUUCUUUGCGCUUCUCGUGCUCAUCUUCGUGGCGGCAUCGGAUAUCCUCGUAUCGGUGGCCGAGUACAAGGACAAAUACCUCAAAGCUCCCCCUGCAGACGAAGAGGCAGAACUGUAUGAUGCAUCGCAGCUGGACUCGUCUGCCGCGCUCCUCACCCAAGCUCUGCGUGCGGCGGAGCAGCCCGAGCACUUGGUCACCGUGGCGAAAACCUGUUUUGAAGUCCGAUGCUUGUUGUUUGACAACUCGUGCGAUCAAGCCCUCCAGAUCAUCGUGGUGUUUCAACUGGUGAGUUUCCUAUGGAAUGCUCGUGGCCGAACCGUUCAGUGGCUACCGUCGAUCAUUCGAAUGAGCACUUCUCCAGGCCAACACGGACAGACUGUAUCGACGACGUCGUCGCUGCCACCGGAAACAGAAGGGGAGUUCCAGCAAGCACCGUUGCCACGUACAGCGUCUUCAACCUCCCAAGAGUUUUCCAAAGCGCAAUCGUUGGCAGCAUUUACCCAAAACGACGCUGCUGCUGCUGCGAAAUCGACGACUCGAACAGGUUCGCGCGAAGGCGGGCAACAACCAGCUACCUCCGUGGCGGUGGCGGCGACCGCCCCCUCGGUUGCGAUGACAACCAAUCAACCUCCCCCCUCGGCAUUUGGAAAGCUGACUCGACUGAUGGGCAAGUGAAUAAAACAACGUUGAAUGCACUGCACGCUACCGUAAUAUAUGCAAAAUACGUUUGAAAAGUAAUCGUAUAUGUUAUGAUACUACCGGU